AUGGCAAUUGGCAAANCCAUGACAAAGCUAUACAACUCUUCAAUGGAGUUUGGAAGUGUUGACAACUUUCUAGAGGGCAAAACCAUUUUAGUUACGGGUGCAACGGGAUUCCUAGCAAAACUUUUGGUGGAGAAGAUAUUAAGGGUUCAGCCAAACAUAAAAGAGUUAUACCUUCUUCUGAGAGCAGGAAAUUCAGAAGAAGCUACACAACGGCUGCAGGAUGAGGUUCUGUCGAAGGAUUUGUUCAGGGUGCUACGAGGAAUAUGGGGUGCAGAUUUUGUCUCCUUCGUAUCCGAGAAGGUGUUGGCUGUUGGUUGCGAUGUUUCUGUUGAGAACUUGGGAAUUAAAGACACAAAGCUGAGGGAAAAGUUGUUGGAAGAGACAGACAUCAUAAUAAAUUCUGCUGCUACUACCAAGUUUUAUGAGAGAUUGGAUGUUGCAAUGGGGAUUAAUACGAUGGGUGCUCUUAAUGUUCUGAACUUUGCCAAGAACUGUAGUAAAUUACAAAUGCUUCUUCAUGUAUCGACAGAUAUGCAGAUACCUGCAGACAUGGUGAUAAACUCCAUGAUAGUAGCACUGGAGGCUUGUUCAAAGAGUUCUUCAAAGACAUUGAUUUAUCAUAUUGGUUCUUCACUGAGAAAUCCAUUCAGAAUUUCUGAUCUUGAGGACUUGGCCCAUCAAUACUUUACAAAACAUCCUUUGACAGACAUGUAUGGAAAACCAGUGGCUGUUCCCAAGAAAAUUACGUGGAUGUCUAGUGUGAGUUCAUUUGACAGAUACAUCAACAUUCGGUACAUGCUAGCUCUCAAGGGAUUGAACGUGAUGAACAAAAUGUGCUGCUACAGUCACGAGGCAUUUCACAAUGAAAGUAAACAGAAAGUGAAAAAGAUGAUGGGAAUAAUGAGACUUUAUAAACCUUAUGUCCUCUUUGAUGGAAUCUUCGAUGACAAGAACGCAGAAAAUUUAAGGAUGACAAAAAUGAAGGGAAAAGAUGACGAUGAUGUUGGAAGAUUUAACUUUGAUCCCACAACCAUUGAUUGGACUCCUUAUAUGUUAAACACUCACAUUCCUGGACUUGUGAAGUAUGGUGUCAAGUAAUUAGGUUGGAUUUGUUCUUCAGUGCAUCCUUCGUUUCUUUCAUAUCUUCUGUGAUAAGUAUUACUGUCAAUAAUUCAAUGGAGAAGGAAAGCAGUUGCUGCACACAUGUGUACAGCACAAAGCCUCAUUCAAGGUUGUCGUUUUAGAUAAAUGUUCUUAUCCUAUAAUAAUAAAUGUACUUGAAUCCUCUAUCAGUCAUAUCUUCCUCUUCAUCAUGUUCUUAAUUCUCUUUCCUAAUAUAAUAUAUGAAUAAUUUG